AUGGAGAACGAGAAGGGAGAGAUCGUCGAUCUCUACGUGCCCCGCAAGUGCAGCGCCACCAACCGCAUCAUCAAGGCCAACGACCACGCCUCUGUCCAGCUCUCCGUUGGCAAGGUUGACGAGAACGGCCGCUACACCGGCGAGAACGAGACCUACGCUCUCUGCGGCUUCAUCCGUGCCCGCGGCGAGUCCGACGACUCCUUCAACCGCCUUGCCCAGAAGGACGGCUACCUCAAGAACGUCUGGUCCGCCAACCGUCAGCGUUAA